UCGCUUUACUUCACUUCAUCUUACUCUCCAUCUUCUUCUUGUGUGCGUCACGAGCCAUCAGCUUCCAAAGGUUGCCUCCCGUCAUCAGAAGAACGACUUCACACUGCACACAACACAACAUUGCGAACAUGGCUAUAAAGGCAGCAUCAAGCGACGAGACGCUGGAGAAGGGGCCCUCCAACAUCAGCAGCAAGCCGACGAAAGGUCAGAAGGCCAGAGCGCAUUGUGGAAAGUGGUGGUGGAUUUAUCUGAUUGCUUUCGUCAUUGUGGUGCUCGUGGUUGUCUUACCAGUCAUCUACGUUGGAUACCCAAAUAUCGCUCGCGACGGUGUUGCAGACUCGAAGCUGGUCCCGACCUCAGAAUCCUUCCUGAACCCAUCGCCAGAUUCUUUUGACCUUGAACUGGACACUGUUCUCCUUUCGGACUCGAAGUUUCACCCUACAUUGAAACCGUUCAACGGCUCCCUCUACUUGGAUGGCGGCGAGACACCGUUCGCCUUCAUUGAUGUCCCACAAAUCAAGGCUAAGAACGGAACCGUAGCGCAUAUUGCGCAGAGAGUCACGAUUCCGGAUCAAACUCAAUUUCAGAACUUUUGUAUCACAGCGCUGAGCAGCGAGACGUACACGUUGAGAUUGAGAGGAAAGGGCGAUUUGAAGCAAGGGUCGUUGCAGACGAUUAGUGUCAACUAUGAUCAGCCUGUGCAGUCGAAGGGUCUGAACGGAUUCAAGGGAUUGGAAAUCACCUCCUUCUUCCUCCAGACCGACAACAGCACCGUCUCCGCUGGUGUCAAUUCCAACGGUACAGUCAUGAUUCCCAACCCUUCCGUCUUGACACUCGCAGUUGGAGAUGCAAGUUUCGAUAUUUCCGUCAACGGUACCAAGAUCGCAAACUCGACGAUUCCGGAUUUGACGCUCACGCCUGGUAACAACACCUAUCCGAUCAAUGUUCUCAGCGAUGUCCCUGCUGUAACGACACUGCUUGGCAACCCAGCUUAUCAAUGUGGCAUGCUGCCUGUGGAUAUCACCGGCGUGGAGAGUGUGUACAACGGAGAGGUCCUGCCCUACUUUACCGCGGCACUGAGGCAUAACUCGGUGCGGAGUAUGCUGAAUAUCGUGCCGGCGCUGCAGAAGCAGGGCUUGGAAGCUUUGAUUGAGGGCAAGGAGUGUACUUUGUAA